UAACAUGUAAACUCGUAAACGGAUGUUCGAUGGAUUGUAAGACACGCGAAUCGAGUGUCGUUGAAACGAGCUUCGACCAAUACGAUUUAAUACGAUAUUGUAUAAACUACGAAAUACCAUACUUUUAUUUUUCAUCGUGCUGACUAAACACGCAGUCCAUCUAUACGUAGAUUCCUAAUCGUGUACAAUUGUCGUGUGUCCUGCGUGGAUUUGACGCGCGAUUCGCCGAACCAGACGUGCGAAUUAACGGCCGUGGUUGGCGUUGAAACGUGACUUCGGAUGGGCGGGCGCGUUCACGGACGCUUACGGUCAUCAACGACAAAGGCUUGGUCGCGACGCGGCGCAUCCCGGUGCAUCGGUGCUUAUCGCUCCACCACAUACCGCGUGUAAUUAGCGGUAUACGCGAGGUUAUGGAAAUUCUAUGACUCAAAAGCUUACGACUUGACGAAUUUUAUAAAUAGAAUACGCGAAACCGACUAUGCGACAGCGAGCUAUCGGCGGACGGUUAUCGUACGCCGAAUAAAAUUUGCUCAUUUCCGGUGAAUGGAGAACGCUGUGACGUUGAAGAGCUGGAAGAUGAAGCUGACGUUAGAUCGUGUGCAUUUCACUGACGAUUUCAUGGUUUUCGCGCUUCGUGUACGAGCAGCAAAGAGCUGCGGGAAAGAGGCGAGUCGCGGCGAAUAGUACGAUGACGCGAUGCACGAUUAGACGCGUCCUUCGACUUACGUAACAGUGAUUUUACACGCGCUCGGUUUCGUUGUUUACUCGCGUCAUUCUGCUUUUCCUGGAAUACGCGGUUUAAUCCCUAACCGAGUCUCGUGACGAACGAUCAAUGAACCGAUACGUCGCGAAAAGAGACUCGCAUCUACUGUUAGCACGUUGCGUUUUGUCUCGACGUUACAGAUCAGCUCCAUGGAAAAGACGAUUUAGAACGUUCACGAAAUAUCCGGACGAAUGUGUCAUCUAAUCAUCGUAUUUUGUCAUUAGGUGGUAUUGACAAAGUCCGCAAUCUCUUAGUUGUCAACCUAAUAUGUUGGAAAUUUAAUAUAAUGGCUUCGCGUUGGAAAGCUUCUCCGAAAAACUAACAAUUUUCACUUACGCUCUUUCGGCUGCUAGAAAAUUAUUAACGAAGGAGGUGACCAUGCUUCGGUUCAGACGGGAAUUUUGUGCGACGUUGCUGCUACUGUGCGUCUCAAGAAGCACGCGCCUCUCCGCGUCUUUGGCAGACGCUGAACCUGUUUUGAUACGACCGCUCAAAGUCUACGAGAGUUUGAUCAAGGGUGUUCACGAUCACUUCAACAACACCUGCAUCAUACUUUUUCACGGCACGAUGAACGUGAUAGAGAAGAAAGGAUUGGAAGAUAUGGAAGGACUGUUGGCGCUCCAAAGGUACUUAAGUGGAUCUCUGAACAUCCGGACUGUGAUUAUGGAUUUUAGCAUGUUCAAGGAUCGAGUAGGAAAGACUUAUCAUCACAUCAAAAGGCCGUUGUUCGUGUUAUUGAACGACCUCGACGAGAUCAGGGAGCAAUUCAUUUCGGUUUCCAAAUGGAUCACGAUGUCUUAUCCGACGUGGUUGCUGUUCCUGAGGGACGGCACUAGAUUCGACGAAUUUUUGUCGAACGUCUACGUACCAUUUGACUGCAUUCUGAUGGUGACUCAGAGAGAUUCGAAGGGAACAGGUGAGAUUGUCCGGGACGUGUACCAAAUCAGCAAGGAGGAUAAUCUGAGAUCGAUGAAGUUUGGCGAGUGGAAUGCCAGAGAAGGAUUCCAGGGACCUCAGCUUGGAUUAUAUCAACGUAGAAACGAUCUAAAUGGACGCAACAUACGAGUGGUUUCCGUUCACGAUCCUCCAGUUUCGCGGAUCAUUCGCAAUAAAGCUGGUCAGCCUUCUAGGAUCGGCGGUUUCUUCGGUGAAGUGAUUCAACUGCUGCAAGAAGGAAUGAAUUGCACGUUUACCUAUAUGGAGGCUAGCUCAUGGGGUACCCGAUUACCAAACGGCACGUGGACAGGUUCGAUCAGAAUGUUGGUAGAAGACAAGGCAGAUCUCGCGGCAACUGAGCUGAUGAUGUCGUCCGACAGACUGGAGGCCAUUAAAUUUACCACUCCCGUCUACUCGACCAAAUGCCGCGCAUACAUCAGGAGACCGGACACAACAGCAGUGAAAUGGAACACGUACUUGGCACCAUUUGCAUUCAACGUUUGGAACGCAAUCGGUCUGACCGUCGUGGUAGUGGCGCUGACGAUCACCGGGAUCGAUGUUCUCUCGAGAAAAGUGAAUUGGUUUCCGGUUGAUCUCAGGCCCAAUUCCAGGUCCACCUUAUCCGAGAUUCUCUUCUACGUAUUUGGUGCGUUCUGCGGACAGGGCAUGGAACCGUCUCCUUUGGAUCCCACGCGACUGGUGCAUCUGAACGUUCACUUGACAGGCGUGGUGGUGCUUGCAGCUUAUUCGGCAGCGCUAAUCAGCUUCUUGGCCAUAAAGACGUUCGUGAUGCCAUUUACCACGAUGGAGGGUUUGCUGAAAGAUGGUACCUAUCGAUUUGCCGUGGUUGGUGAUUCGGCCGAUUACAGUUUCUUCCAGAACACCAGUGACACCAUGCUCACGGUCAUGUUCGAGGAGCUGUUGGCCAGGGAACUUGAUCUGCCGGUAAACUAUUUCGACGGCUUGAAUCGUGUUUGUCAGGAGAAGAAAUACGCUUUCAUGACGCUGGAUAAUAUGGCCACCGUGCUGCAAGGGAAAGUCGAGUGCGCGGUAGAACCUCUGGAUGCGAUAAUGCAGACUACGAUAGCCAUGGCAGUCCCGAGUCACAGUCCUUAUCGUGGCAUUAUCGACACCAACAUUCUUCUGCUACGGGAUAGCGGUAUCCUUCAGCGGCUGCUGAAGCUCGAAUGGUCUAGCCAAAUGCGUUGGGUGGUGAUUCAACGGACCAAGUAUAACAGAAGCGCAUUUAAGGGCGAGCUACUGGAAUGUCGAAACGAUUUAAAAGAAGAAGUCGAUCUUUCCCCCCCUGAAUUACUGUAUCAUGGAGAAUAUCACGAUGAACUGCCGAUGAUCGAGCGUGAAAGGGAGCGAAAAGCACCGCAAUUGUCGAGUAGUUUCUUAACGAGGCACAUCAACGCGGAGCAGAGGAGGCUGGUCGUCAUUUUUAUAAUACGUCUUGGAAUACACUGCCGAUAUCCGUCGCGCAUCGUGUAUCAAUCAGUGAAGCUGUUCGACGCCGUUAUGGACAAGCUUUCCGUGGAUACGAUGAUGAUCCAAUUGUACGCGUUGGCCAGUUUGUGGAUCGUGCUCAAGAGACAAGAGAAAUUUCAUAAGAUUCCGUCGGUAAGCGAAUGGGACUAUUCCUCGCAAACAUUUUUUUUAUUUUACGCUUUGGUUGUUUAUACGCAGGCUACGAAGAUGGUGUCCCUCGCCAAUGAUCUUUACAUAGGAAGAGAGGACUUGUUGGUCGAUUGCGAGAGGAAGAUUUUGAAAAUACUUAAUUUUAACAUCACGUUCGCCGAUACGUUUAGCCUUUUUACGCAUCAUUUCAUCAGCUGCGAGCAUUACAUCAACGUAUCCGAGGAAACUGGAGCCUUUCUAUACAAUUGCGGCUGCUACAUGAUCGACAUCACGCUUCUGGACGAGCGAUUUUGUAGAAUAUCCGCAAGAUUGAUCAGCAUAACAGUAUUAGAGUUGCUGCUCGGUAUCGGUUUGGACGUCGCAAGGGACAAUACUACACCCCGAUGGUUGUUCUGGAGAGGUUUACUCUCCGCCGUUCUUAGUUCGCCCCAGAGGUUAGAAGACAAGGCGAUCGAUUCACUUCGUGUUAUAAUAUUGCGGCGCGUGUUAGAUUCGCAAAUGCAGCAGGACAGUUUUAAUGUGGUAUACAAAAAAUAUUGUCGCAGCAGAUACGGUCGGAUAUCAAAACCUUUCCUGCAGCAGGUUACCAGGAUACCUGCCACAGAAACUAUUUUCGAUCCGUAGAAUUGAUUUUUAUUGGUAAGACUGAUCUUUAUUUAUUUUUAAUUGCCAUUUUGAUUAUUCUUUUUAAUCAUUUUGAUUAUAUUUCGAAUUUAAUUGUAUAUUUAUUUACUUUAUUUUACUCUUGUUAUUAUUUGUUAUAUGUGGUCCUCGCCUAUUGGCGUAGGAUUAACUUCCGGCUUUACAUUGUUCUCGAUUCUGAUGAUUUUGUGUCAUGAUUUCGUUUCAUAUUUGUAACUUUCUGGUACAAAGAGAAGAAAUGCAGAUUGUUGUUAAAACGAAUAAAAUCAAUUAUUUGCUAUGCUA